AUUUCCUACUGUAUGGUAGCGCUGUAAUAGAAGCGUGCGCUGGCUGCCGACCCACGUGACCUAGAAAGGUCACGUGAUAGUGUGACGUCAGAAGGUCCGUUUGGUGUCUGGAGUUUAGACACAACCUAUGUUUAACCCGCUCACUACCCUCUUUAUCCCCUGGAUCCUCUCUCUCUCUCUCUCUCUAUAUAUAUAUAUAUAUCCUCCCCUUUCUCAGGCUCUCCAGCAGUGAAGGUGCAGUGGUGAGAUUACCUCCCACCAUACCAGAUCCAGUAAGACAGUCCCAGAUUUUGGCAGAGGUCCCAGGACAACUGAGGUUCCUACAAUAUAGGAUCCGCUCAGUGGAUAUCUUCUAUAUAAGAUCCUUCUCCUGACUGACCCGUCAAGGAUGGAUAUGGACAAGAUGUCGGAGAGUAUAAUAAAUCUCACCCUAGAGAUCCUCUUCCGGCUUACUGGAGAGGACUACAUAGUAGUCAAGAAGACCUCUUAUGAGCACUGUCACGACCCUGUGUCUGAAGGAUGGGGAAGAACCCUGAGCCCAAUCACAGAGCCUCCACCUCACCCCCUGAUACAUGAGGAAAUCAAUAGAGAGAAGAUCCUAGAACUCACCAACAAGAUGAUUGAGCUUCUGACUGGAGAGGUUCCUAUAAGGUGUCAGGAUGUCACCAUCUAUUUCUCCAUGGAGGAGUGGAGUAUUUAGAAGGACACAAAGAUCUGUACAAGGUCGUCAUGGAGGAUCAUCGGCCCCUCACAUCACCAGGUAAUAGACAUGACUAAAUACACCUGUCCUCUCAUUAUCUGUAUGUAAGGAAUGAAUUCAGUCACUGGAUG